CUUGCUUUUUCUGGCUGUGAUCAAUCAGUGUACAUAGGUCAGGCUGGAGGUGGAUCAGAUAGUAGAAGUUACGGCUGAAAGUACAGCACGGCCACGUGUACAUGAUCAGUCGGUUAACGUCGCAGCUAAAGAUCCAUCAAUCACUGUUCUGUUACUUUGACCUCCUGCAUGUGCCUGCUCUGACACCAGCAGCUAUAUACAUUCUGAUAACCUCAAAGAUGUGAAUUGUCAUCCAUUUUAGCCUUUCAGGCCUGUGGAGCACCUUCUAGAAUCACUGGCAUUUCUUACAUAGACCCAGCAACUUCUUACCAGCUCCAGAUCAUAAUUUCCUGGAAUUUCCUACCAUAGGACUACACAGAAGAAUUGUUGAAUUUACCUCCACUGACAACUAGAACAAUUCCUUCUUCACUAUGUGCAGAUGACUCCACUAUUCUGUCCUUAUGGUGACUGGAGCAAAGAUGGAGGACAAUGUACUCAUGUGUUACUGUGUAGUUGCUGGUAGUUUCUUGUUUUUCCAGCUUCUCUUUUCGGUCGUCAGUCCUAGAAUAUCGGCAAAAGUGUCUAACAUCUACAAAAAGCUCAGCCAUGGAAAGCAAUGUGAAUGGGACUCCAGGAUUGUUUCAACGGUGCACGCACUGAUUGUAGGAUCUUUCUGCCUCUAUAUUUUGGUGUAUGAUGAUGCAGUGAAUGCAGACCCCAUAUGGGGCGACCCAUUUCAGGUGAAAAUGAAUGUUGCCAUCACCUGUGGUUACCUCGUCUAUGACCUGCUGCUUUUUGCCCGUUUCUGGAAGGAAAUGAGAGACCCUUAUAUGGUCUGCCACCAUUUUGCAGUGAUCUACGCGUAUGGAUACGUGCUGAAUCGCGGCGUGCUGCCAUAUUUUGCUAAUUUUCGGUUGAUAUCCGAACUGUCAACACCAUUCGUGAAUCAGAGGUGGUUUUUUGAUGCAGUUAACAUACCACGAUCCUCUACACCUGUCUUGCUGAAUGGGUUAGCUAUGGCUGUUGUCUUCUUCAUUGUACGAAUUGCUGUGAUACCAAGCUACUACUCUCAAGUCUUUGCCACAUUUGGCACAGAGGGUUAUAUCCGUCUAGGCAUUGGGCCACAGGUAGCAUGGAUUGUGUCCUGCGUGAUCUUGGACAUCCUCAAUGUGUUCUGGAUGUAUAAAAUUUUAUGUGGAUUUUAUCGGGUUGUAAAAUCCAGACGUGGAGGAAAACCUACAAGGAACCAUGCUGAUUGAAUCCAUGGGAACUACCAUAUUGUUCGAUCCACAUACGAUGGGGUGGCCACAUCCAAGAAGAAAACUGAUGUAUGGUAGCACCUCACAGUGGACCAUACCAAACGUGGACCAUAACACACAAAGACGGUUGUUGAUGUAACCUAUUAUUGUCCUUCUAAAAGUCUUAUUAUCGAGAGGAGGAUAUUUUACUUUCUAGUAAAUUUCCUGGAAAAACUAGGACACGAGAUCUAUAUAAGCCAACCCUAUGUCUCUAUGAUUGUGAAACAUUACUAUUUGGGUAAAUAAUGCUAUAAUAUCUACAACUGGGGGAGUAUGUAGAUUCCAAAACAUUUUUAAAUAGGUGUUAUGCCAAGAGAAGAAAACACUGCCAUUUAUAGAAGCUCAUCCCAAUAAUUCUUUAGCUUUUAAAGGGAUUGUCUACUUUUAUUUUUGCUAGUAGAGUUUUUGCAAGAUAAGCUAAUCACAGGUUCUCCCGCUGCUCAAUCCCUCAGCGAUCAGCCGUGAUCUUUGAGGGAACUCGACUGCAAGUGUUGAUUUCCCCUGCAGCGCCACCACAGGAGAAGUAAAGCAUUACAUAGAGCCCAAUGAAAUCAGUGUAAUGCAUGGACCUAGAGGGUCCUCCAGAGGAGAGAUGCUCUUUGAUUAGAGGACCCCUUUCCAAAACCGUAUUGAUGAAUUCCAAAUGAGCCCUCUAUUCCACAAAAAGUCCAUUCUGAUACCCUGAGAAUCCAUUCCAAGGGCCCUCAUCUAGAGUCUUUUUGCCAAAUCAGAACUCAGGACUAGGGUAUGCCUGCAACCUCUAUGCACAAGAGGUUGCAAUGGUUUAAGCCCCGAGCCACAACCGUAUUUUUGGUACACAUUUUUUGCGGCUUUCAUUUCAAUGGGGCUGCAAAAGAUGCGGGCAGCACAUCGUAUGUCCGUUCCACUGGCCUG